UUUGAAGUACUAGAUCUAGAAUUGCAAGAUUCCCAGCCUGCGUCUGGACACACAACAGAAAGCGCCCUCAGCAUACGGAGAGACGUGUACUGGCGUGAUAGAAAAGGUUAUGGUUUCACACGAACAACGAAUAUAAUAGUGUGUCUAAUAUUUGCUCCCUUAGCCUUUCCUGUUGGAGUGUUAGCAUUACUUAUGAAUCCAAAAUCACAGGAAUUCGGUGCAGAAGGCGAAAAUCCUUUCAGAGAUCUAAGAAUAGAUGAUGUUUCUUUCCUGGACGACAUUGAUAAUCGAAGCCAGUGUAUUAAUUGUAAGAAAUCAAGAAAGUAUUUUUGUUAUACCUGUUAUGUGCCAGUAGAAGCAUUGAAUGGUAGGAUACCACAAUUGAAGUUGCCAAUUAAAAUUGACAUCAUUAAGCAUUCUCGAGAGAUAGAUGGAAAGAGUACAGCUGCACAUGCAGCUGUCCUAGCUGGAAAUGAUGUAUCUGUGUAUACUUUUCCAUGCGUUCCUGAUUACAAGCCAUCAGACAAGGUUGUGGUUGUGUAUCCAGGAAAAAAUGCUAUGACUCUUGCAGAAUACUUCAGUGCAAACAGGAAUAAAGACGACUCUGGAGAGCCGAGAGCCAAAAGGCGGAAUACCGGAGCAAGCGAUCCUAUUGGAGAACCUCCAGAUAGCAGCAAUAUUGCAUCUUCAGAGGAGUGUGUGUUGCGUGCAGUUUUUAUUGACAGCACAUGGAAUCAAAGUCGUGGGAUGUUUAAGGACCCUCGGCUACAUUCAUUGCCGUGUGUUGUUCUUGAAAGAAGGCUGUCUCAUUUCUGGAGGCACCAGAGUGGCAGUCCUCGGUGGUACUUAGCCACCAUUGAAGCCAUCCAUCAGUUCCUUUUCGAGUUUCACAAUUUAACUGAUUCCCAACCUUAUAGUGGACAGUAUGACAAUUUGCUAUUCUUUUUCCGUUAUAUGUAUAGCAAGAUUCAUAAAUUAUAUGAUCAUGACGAUUUAAAAGCCUACAAAAGGCCUGUUGAAUAAAUUAUUUUAACUUGAUUUUGUGAAUAUUAUUCUUUAAAUUUCAUAGAUGAAACCUGUGUUAACCUUUGCAUACUGAACCAUUUUUUUGAAAAUUUUUUUUGUUAUGUGUGAUAUACAGUUCAUAUAAUCAGUUGCAUAAUAUUUCAAAUAUCCGCCUGGCAAGAUUUAUAUUACUUUCAUAAUACGUACGUAGUACGAGGGAAAAUUGUAAUACUGCAUCAUAACUGCGAUAUUUCGACAGAAGAAAAUUCAUAUUGUUUGGCCCUGCUACCGAGAAAGGAAUAAAUUGUC